GAAUUUUAAGCAGUCGAUACCGCGCGUGGAGGCAGGAUUGUCGUCUCUUUCACGGCGCCUUUUCUUUCGAUCUCAAAAUUUUAGUGAUUAAGAAUCUAAUAGAUAAUGCCUAACAUUAUAAAUGAAGUUAAAUUGGAUUUCAAGGACGUCCUUUUGCGACCCAAACGGAGCACGUUAAAAAGCAGAAAUGACGUCGAUUUGUACCGGGAGAUCACGUUCAAGAAUUCAGGGCAGACGUACCGAGGUGUCCCGGUAAUGGCGAGCAACAUGGACACCGUCGGCACCUUCGAAAUGGCGCAGGAGUUAUCGAAGCACGGACUCUUCACUUGCAUACACAAGUACUACUCGGCCGAGGACUGGAAGAAGUUUUCUGAUGCGCAUCCAGAAUGCUUGGAGCAAAUGGCCGCGAGCUCUGGAACCGCGGAGGCUGACUUCGAGCGUCUCACGGAGAUCCUGAAGACGGUCGCCGACAUCAAGUUCAUCUGUCUGGACGUGGCGAAUGGGUAUUCUCAGCACUUCGUCGAGUACGUCCGGAGGGUUCGGGCUGCCUUCCCGAAGCACACUAUCAUUGCAGGUAACGUGGUGACCGGUGAAAUGGUCGAGGAGUUGAUUCUAUCCGGAGCUGAUAUCAUCAAGGUUGGUAUCGGCCCGGGAUCAGUCUGUACGACCCGUAUCAAGACCGGCGUGGGGUAUCCGCAGCUAUCAGCCGUCAUCGAAUGCGCUGACGCUGCCCACGGCCUCAAAGGACAUAUUAUAUCGGACGGGGGCUGCACCUGUCCUGGGGAUGUGGCGAAGGCGUUCGGAGCGGGGGCCGACUUCGUGAUGGCUGGCGGCAUGUUCGCGGGCCACGACCAGUGCGGGGGCGACGUCGUCACGCAUCCCGACGGGAGGAAGGUCAAGCUUUUCUACGGGAUGUCGUCCUCCACCGCCAUGCUGAAGCAUUCCGGAGGGGUCGCUGACUACAGGUCCUCCGAAGGUAAAACCGUUGAAGUGGAAUACCGGGGUGACGUUGCGAUAACGGUCAAGGAUAUUCUGGGUGGUCUCAGGUCGGCCUGCACUUACGUGGGAGCGGCAAGGCUCAGGGAAUUACCCCGUAGAGCCACCUUCAUCCGGUGCUGCAGACAGGUCAACGACACCUUCUCUUAAUUUAUACGUUCCUGGUACUUUAAUAUUUUAAUUCAAAGCGGUCUUUGCUGAGAUUUUAUUUUUAUUAUUGCUGUAACAAAUCCAUUAAGUCGGACAUAUACAGAAGAACAGAGUUCACAUGAGACAUGAGUUCUAUAGACUUUAUCACUAGGCUCUUUUUUAUAAACUCACAACAGAAGUUACGACCUUGUUGAAUUAGGUCCGUCACGUUCCACGAUUAAUUAAUUUUGAAAAUCACAACGCGUUCUGUCAAUUUUGAAUUUCUAUUCUUGUAUAUUAUGAGUUUUAUAGACUUUAUCACUAGGCUGUUUUUUAUAAUGUCAACAAAAAAGAAGUUACGACUUUGUGGAAUUAUAUCUAUCACGUUCCACGUUUAAUUUUGAAAAUCACAAAGCAAUUCUUUCAAUUUUGAAUUACACUACAACUGGUUUUUUUUUGGUAGAUGACGUAGCUCCUUGGAAUUAUGUGAGCCUGGUAGUUUGUUUUCAAAACGCCACAAUAAUUAUCAUUUUUGUAAUAUUUAAAAGCUACGCUACUAAAAAAAUAUAUACAGUAUCUUCAUAAAGUUAUAUGCAGCCUUAGGACAACGGCAAAAUUGUACGGUUAGUAUUGAAAUAUAAAAGCUAUCUUAUGGGAAUUUGACUUCACUAAGCGGUUCGUUCUAAUUUCGAAUUUUAAUUUCUGAACAACAAAAAAUCUCUUUCUCUCUCUUUCUCUCUGUCUGCCUGUCUGUACUCCUGGUAUUUAAAAGAAGGUGUAUUAUGUGACAGAGUUACUGUGUCAACACUUUUGAGUUAUAAGACCCUGGUACUUUUUAUAUCAAGACAAAGUUUUAUUUAUGAAUCAAUUUCUGGAACAUUCGGUGGAACAUUUAAAAAAACGAAAUAAAUUGCUAAAAAAAAUAAUCUAGGCACAAUUUUUUUAUGUUUAGUUAGGUAAAAUGCAUUUUUCAAAAGACAAUCGUUAGAAAGAAAGUACACAAUAUUAUUUAUUAAUAUUUAAACUUUUAAAUAUAUAUUUUUUGCACAAAAGCUAUAUGAAUUAUUAAAAUAUAAACAUAAAUAAUACCUAUUCAAUAGCAAUUUCAAUAAAAGCCUAAAUUCAUUUACAAUCGGAUGUCUUGUUUGUUAGAAUUUGAAAAAAAAAAAUUUGAAUACCGUAGACUAAUUAGAAUACCAAAGAAGUUAUGGCAUCUUUUGAAAAUAGUGCUUAUCCGUUUUCAUAUAGGAGAAAUUUAGAAAAUUUUAGCUAAAUAUUAAAAAUAGAUAGUUUUAUACAUAAUAAUAAUAUACACACUUGCUUGAACGCUAAAUGCUGGUGCUAAUUCCUUUUCUAAAUAAUUAUUUACGUUUUAUCUAGACGUUAAGUUCGGCGUGGAGGCAUAUCUAUCUUGCAAAUUACACAAAUUCAAAUCUAUACUGGGUGUUAGGAGAUCGUUUUUGCCUUUUUUGAUUUAGUGUUUCAUUGCUGGUUUUUUUUAAGUAAAUUAAUGUAUUUGUUAUGAAACUAUCGUUUCAUUUAGCUGUACUAACAUGAUGAAGCGUAAAUAAUGCUAAUUUACUGGUGGUAGGACCUCUUGUGAGUCCGCACGGGUAGGUGCCACCACCCCGCCUAUUUCUGCCGUGAAGCAGUAAUGCGUUUCGGCUUGAAGGAUGGGGCAGCCGUUGUAACUAUACCUUAGAACUUGUAUCUCAAGGUGAGUGGCGCAUUUACGUUGUAGAUGUCUAUGGGCUCCAGUAACCACUUAACACCAGGUGGGCUGUGAGCUCGUCCACCCAUCUAAACAAUAAAAAAAAAAGUUUUAAAAAUAUGUUUUUUUUAAUCAGGAGAUCGAUUUUUUUCCGUCCCAUCAUCAAAGUUGUCAUUAGUACUAUCGUCUGUCUUCGUUUUCGGAAGCGGUCUCCUAACACCCAGUAUAUUAAUUAUAUUAUUAAUAGGCAAAGAUAAAAGAAUCAUUUUUCCCGCUAUUUUGUUUAGUAACCUAUUGACAAGUUUGAGGAGUAUUUAAAAAGAAAAUGUAAUCUUUUUUCGAAAUUACAAUAGCAAAAAGACAAAAUGUAAUGCAUAAAAUUAAACUAAAUCUUUAUCUAUCUGUAAUUAAGGUUUAAUUUCGAUAGCUGGACAGCUGAUUAUCUAUAAAUUAAAAUUGAGUUUUGUUUUUAAAAUGACUUUUUAAAAUGAAUGACAAAGUCGAUUUAAAGAUUUUAGCUUUGAGGUUGAUGAAAUAGAAGUUUGAGAUUACGAUCGCCUUUAUUACAGUGCAGUCGAAACAAUCGACCUCAUGUCUCAAAAAAGACUGCGGAUCCAUUUGCAACCAGACAGCAUAGCUUCUCCACGGCAGAUAUAGCUAUAAAUGUCAGAACGUUAUAUAUCUGGAUAAUAUCUUAACUAUUAUUUGUUCUGUUAUUAUAGUAUAUUUUUUAAUUAUUGUUUUUUUUUAAAUCUAUUUUAUGAAUGAUUUAUUGUAAUGAUUUUGUUUAAGGAUCAUAAAAGACGAAUCUUUAUAAAUUAUGAAAAGCGACUUGUUGAUAUCAAAUUAAAGCUAACUUACAAUUA